AUGAUUCUGAAACCCAUCAAGAACGACUCAGAUCUGGACGACUCUCCACCACCGUUGGCUUACGAGUCUUAUAUACUUGCGCUGCCAUUGGAACUCAUCAAUGAGAUUCUGAAGCUGCUCGAUUUCCAAGAGGUUAUACGCUGCACCGAAGUAUGCAAGCAACUCAAUGGCAUCAUCCGGAGCUCUCUCGAACUGCAGUACAAGAUAGAGCUUGGUGCCGACGGACUCGUCGACGGGCUUCUGGGGCCCAUGUCCACCGCGGAGCGCCUCGAGCUCCUAUUCGAUCGGCGGCGGCGGUGGCGCUCGCUCGACUGGACAGCGCGGACGUCCGUCUCAAUCCCUGGCCCUUGCCAGGCGUACGAGCUCGUGGCGGGUGUGUUCGCCAAGUCUAUGGCAGGCGCACAGGGCCCUGGCUCGCACAACCUCAUAUCGACGUGGCUCCCGUCACGCACGCAACCUGCAAAGCGCAUCGUUCGGGAGGAGCUUGGCGUGUCCACGCGCGACUUUGCCAUUGACCCUUCGCAGGAUCUAAUCGCUCUGGUUGAUGCGGAUGAUAACCAGGAUAGCAAUCCGCGAAUCAGGGUGUUCUUGAGGACGGUGAGCACGAACGAGAAACAUCCCCGUGCGGCAUCCGCGGAGCUGCAUGCGCCGAUCCCGUUCGAGCUCGGUAGCUCAUUCAUCCAGAUUGUCGACGACGUCGUCGGCAUGUUCUUCUGGGUGAAUGGCCCGGGGCUCAUCAUUUGGAACUGGCAGACGUCAGAGAUUGUUAUCAACUGUGUCGGCUACCAACUACCGCGCGGCACAUGGGACUUCUCGUUCGUCUCCAACCGUGCGUUCAUACUCACGGCGGCGAUGGGCAGUGGCACAAAGGGACUCGAGUUGCACAAUUUCUCGACGCAUUCAGGCCCGUUCGUGCAUGCACGGACUCCUGGAAAGCCUUUCGAGACGGCGCGCGAUUCGGGUGUGCAUCUCAUGUCGCUCAGCUACGGCGACCGCGGCCCGCGAUUCCACAUGAUCAUGCACAACCGUCUGCUGCUCUCGUACCUCCCGCGAGAGGGAGGGAGGCCCGAGCCGAAGAUCGUGCAAUGGAAAACAUGGGGCCCGAAGUACUCGCGCUUUCUGGAACAUACCAUCAGCUUCCAGUGGCUCCGAUACGUGCAUGGCCAGCGAGUGAUCCUUCCGCCGGUCAUGCGCACCUCGCAGAACCCGCAGAGCACCAUGUAUGUGCUCGAUUUUAACGUGCAUCCGAAGCGCACGAAUGAUCCGGUGCCUCUUCCAAAGCCGGACAGCAGAUGCUCCUAUAAGGUGUUCACCGAGCCCUCUACUGUUCAGCGCAGGGAGACUUUCAAGGACGAUGUGGUGACGUAUCUGCCGUAUGCGGUGAUGUCCCGGCUGGGGACGUUCCAGUAUUCUGGAUUCAUGAUUGAUGAUGAGCGGAUCAUUGGGAUGAAGGUGUGUUCGUCGCCGCAUCGUACGUGCACGUUCUCCAAACCAUCCAUCUCUUCAACUGUGACAAUUCUUUCUCGACUUGAAACGUCUAUGUCAGCGGAAGUCGGAUCGCCACCAGGGAUUCUCGUCUCUAUCCCAGAUACAACCGCCAUUCACGUUCUGGGCGAAUCGACCGUUGAACUCGGAAAGGGCGACCUAACGCUGAUACUCACUGAAUCAUCGACAGUCUCUGGCCCUUCAUCCCCCUCGGAGGUGAAGAAUCACACACCCGUGCUAGCGUUGGCCGUGGGGAAAGCUGCAUUCCCGCUGUACAAGACCACCAUUUUCGGGACGCUCGCCGAUGACGUGCGGGUGUAUGUGUUCACGCCUGAGAUCGGAGGUGAACGCGGAGGUCGCGGCGUCCGCUCACGGUGCGACAGUUAUGUGAAGAUUGUACUUCCGGAAGGUGUCAAAGAGGCUGGCUCGGCCUUCGAGAGAUUGCAGACAGGAUUUGAAAAGAUCCUCGUGCAUCAUGGGCUGUUGAAGGAAGGCAUCGAAGCUGUUGCAGACGAGCUUGGGAAAAGCGCGCGAGAAGACUCUGCACACGCCGCUCAGCAAAUACGAGAUUCCACCACAGUGUACCUUGCAGAUAAUCCUCCUACAGACUCGCCGAUUUCCCUCCCUGGCCCUGUCCGCACUGCAAGCGCGACUAGCGCAGACACGACAAGCUCAAUCGCAUCCGCCGCCAGUCGCAUGUCAGCGAGCAUCAGCCACGCCGCGGAGAAUGCUGGUAUGUGGAUGGCGGAACACCUCGUGCCAAACAGCCCACCCGCGACGCACCAGACGCUCUCGUCGCUGUCGAACGCGUACGACACCGCCGCAGAUGGGUACGGCGCGGGCGCCGGGGAGGUGAAGGACGCGCUGGCGGACGCGGCGAGCGCGCGGAUCGAGAAUGCGUAUGGGCGGGAAGCGAGGGAGGUGGCGGGCGAUGUGGGGGCGAGUGCGCAGAAUGUGGGUGGUGCGUUGGGGGAAGUUGUGGUGGGAACGAGUGGGGCUACGAUUGCGACGGCGGGGAUUAAGGGCGCGGCGGGUGCUAAGGCGGAUCAGCGGGAGUCGGAGGAUUGGUUGGACGAUAGGGAGGAUGAUGCAUGGAACGAUGUAUCAAUCUGA